AGGACGGCCAGCACAACCAAGAACUCCUGAUAACAACUACCACUGACGGGGCUCUAGAGGCUGUGGGUCCACAGCCUAACUAGCCCCAUAAAACACCCACGAAGAAGAACACGACAGGCAGUGUGUGUGUGUGUGUGUGUGUGUGUGUGUGUGUGUGUGUCAUCUCCGUGCAGGGUCGGGCGGCAGACUCACCGCCAUACACCCACAGCCUCCUGUCAGACACUCACCACCAUGACAGCCUGAACAAGGCCUAGCGGGGCAUGCCUAAGCCUAGGUGAAGCUGAUCCUACGAGGGGAAGGUAAUGAUGGAGUGUGUGACCGGCAUGGCCAAGACGCCCCCGGCCCUUGGUGUUCCUCCAGCAUCACACCCGCCGCCCCGCGGGGCUGCUGGGCACCUUACUGAGGAUGACGGAAGACACGCCCCAGAGGAAGACGUCAGCCAGGAAUCCCCGCGCGGUCAGCCUCUUGCUGGGGGUGCGGCAGCGGCAGCAACCGAUGGCAAGUCUGGAGAAGCAGGGUGAGAUGGAGGUGUGGCCAGGCCUGUACGCACACCUCACCUCCCAGCUGAUGGCCCUGGCGCGGGGCAAGGUGGUGCUGGUGCUGGAGGUGUGGCCAGGCCUGUACACACACCUCACCUCCCAGCUGAUGGCCCUGGUGCAGGGCAAGGUGGUGCUGGUGCUGGAGGUGUGGCCAGGCCUGUACACACACCUCACCUCCCAGCUGAUGGCCCUGGUGCAGGGCAAGGUGGUGCUGGUGCUGGAGGUGUGGCCAGGCCUGUACACACACCUCACCUCCCAGCUGAUGGCCCUGGCGUGGGGCAAGGUGGUGCUGGUGCUGGAGGUGACCAGUCUGACCUCACCCAAACAUUGUGGCAGGAACUGAGCACCACACAUCCACACACUGGGUGGGUGUUGCCUGCUGUCCAGGCCAAGAGUGCCGCCCACACCCUCAGUGCCUUGCUGGGCCACCACUGCCCCCCUGCUGGACCCCCC